UAGAAAACUAGCUGAUAGACACUCUUCACACCAUGCCCCUACAUCCCGAUCAAUUAGAAAGGGACCUCCUUUCUCACCCAUCAAUGACACAUAAUCAAGUGGUAUUGGCAGAUUAGGAUGAAGCUCGGGAACCCAAUCAAUCCAUCAAUACACUUACCCUAACCAACUAGCCAGCAUAGCCCAACAAGAAGCAAAAACCUACCAUGCAUCACACUAUGUCGAUCCCAUGAGGGUCAGGACCCCCUUUGGGCAUCCAGGUUGAGCCGUUAGGUAAACAUUUUCCUCUGUAAAUACAUGCUAGAAGAGAUUCGGGCUCUGCAUAAUAGGUCAUCCAAAAUUUCCUAACAUAGUCUGAUUAAACUGCUCAAACCGGCAGAAGCUUAGUCCCCUAUUCUCCUUACUCCUUCUCAAUGAGCUGCAAGAAGCCCAUCGAUCACCUCAUCUCCCACCAAAAUCGUGCCAUGUACUUGUCCAGUUCACGACACAAGGUAGCCGAUAACUGAAAACAAGACAUGACAUGCACCAACAAUGUCGCGAUAACAUAUUUAACAACAGUUCCCUUUGCCGCCCAUGAUCAGUGAUGUUUCCAUCUUUGUAGAUUCUCUAGGAGCUUCUCCUCUAAGUAACUUGCUAGGAAAUGUACCCCAACAAUCCAAAUAAACUUUUCCUUCAAUAUCAAUAUCUAAAAUGCCAUAUAUCUUCUUAAAAGAAUUUUGCAAUAGCAUAACAAUUCAAACACGUCUUAAACAACAACACAUAUUUUAUCGGAUAGAUCCACCCAUGAGUUUGAUACAUGCAUUUAGGUCCUCUCCCUAAAAUAAGCAUGCAAAUGGCUUAGUCCAUUUGUGCUCCUCUCCAAUAAGUCGAUCGGAUUACCGAAAUCAAUGGAACCAACUUGGAGCCUCACCAUCAAAAUUCCCACAUGCAAUUUCGAAUCGUUCAUUUUUUUGUGUUUUUUCACAAACCCUCUCCUCCUCCUUCGUUCAACCACACGCUACCUCCUUAGAUUUCUCUCCACCUUUUUCUUCUUCUUACCCCAAUCGGCAUUCUUUCACAUACUUUCGUCUCAAUUCAUUAUUGCAUUUUCACAUCCUUCUCUUCUUCUAGUUUUUCAUUUUGGUUUGGUUUUGGUUGGAUUGUCGACGUUAUCAUGUCAACAAGUGGUGGCGGCAACCAAUUGAUAUCUGUUCAUCCCGAUGAGCUCAGGUUUAUAUGUAAGUACUCGAACUUGGAUUCGAUUUUAUGAUUUAUUGGGUGGGCAAUUCCUUUCUCAGGAAACAUUUUUCUGUUUUUACUAACAUCGUUAUAAUGAUAACUAAAUAUUCUUCUUUUGAACUAAGCCUAAUUUGAACUUAAAAAAAGUUCCAACCUUUUGACAAUUUGAUAUAUUCAAUAAAGCAUGAAUCAUGAUCACAUUCCAAAAAUUUAUUCUGAAUUGAGGAUGCGACGAUGAUUAUGGGAAAGUUGAGCACAUCGAUAUAUUGUUGGAGUAGUCUAUUUGAUUCAAUUGUGGAAUCUUAAGCGACAUUUAGACAAAGUUUUGCACCGUUCAAUCAAAUUCUUAAUUGUGGAGUCUAUUUGAUUAUAUAAUGUUGCUUGUUAUAAUUCACUAAUCUUAUAAUUCAUGUUGGUGGUGAAAUUAGUUGAAUUGGAAAAGCAGAGCUUUUGUGAUCUUAAAGUUGUGAACAACACAGAGAAUCAUGUUGCUUUUAAGGUCAAAACUACAUCACCUAAGAAGUACUUUGUAAGGCCAAAUUCUGGAGUUAUACAGCCUUGGGACUCUUGUAUCAUCAGAGUUACUUUGCAAGCACAGAAAGAAUGCCCUCCAGAUAUGCAAUGCAAAGAUAAAUUCUUGUUGCAAAGCACAACAGUGCCUCAGCAUACUGAUGUAGAUGACCUACCUGCAGAUAUAUUCACCAAAGAAAGCAAUGGGAAGGUGGAGGAGUGCAAGCUAAGAGUUCUAUACAUUCCUCCCUCCUCAGCUCAAGGGAAUGGAGAAGAAGAUGGUCUCACAAGCUGUAGGCAGAGCUUCGAUGGCAAUGUAGCUUUGCAAAGACUAAAAGACGAAAGGGAUGCUGUUGUAAGUAAGACACAACAGCUGCAACAAGAACUAGAUUUAUUGAAGCGUCGAAAAUAUCGAGAAAAAGGCCCAGGAUUCUCUAUCACAUUUGCAUUGGUCGCUGGGCUUAUCGGCAUCAUCCUUGGCGUAUUGAUCAAACUUUGGCUUUCUUCUCCAUCGGCCAUAGAAAAUAAAGAAGUUUUGACAGAGAUUUUGACGCCACCGCCAGAAUUAUAAGUAUUUUCUUUCAGUUCCCCAUAACCUUACAUUCAAUUUGUUAGCCCUACAUUCGAUUUUGUUUUAUAUGUUUGAAAGAAGAAAGAUGAUGGACAGACCCUUCUACUUCGUUUUCGAUUCCAUUUUUUGUAUUUUUAUUUGUAUAUCAAUGGUCGUAAAGACCUAAAAAAAGUAUAUGAUCUUUUUUAUUGUUGGUAAAACAUUACCAAUAUUUAGCAUAGUAACUCUUACAAUUAUUGCUUCCCAUAUUCAUUGGAGAAACACAAUAGUGCAGAAUUAUCAUAAUUGUUUAGAUCAUUUGCAAGAUUAAGGACUCAUCUGGCUCUUACGCAAACUUCAAGAACUUCUAGAGCUAAAACAUGGAGUUUUAGGACUGAAAUAGGCAUUUUCGCCACAAGUGAAAAAUGAUGGGGAUUGCUAUUCGUCGCCCUAAAAAUCGUUAUUCGUCGCCCUAAUUAUAUUAAAUUUACUUUAAUGCC